ACGCAGUAAAAUCUUCAAGAAGAAGACUUUCUUCGAUUUUAAAAGCUCCUCGAACAUCUAUGAAAGUACAUGGGGCUGAGCAAGAGGAACAAAAGGAGGAAAUUGUUAAGCCUGUUGAGAAGAAGAGAAAUUCACGAAGAGUGAGUUUUGCCACCACAAAUAAUGUUCGAGUCUUUAAAAAUGAUGCAAAGAGUGAAUCUCCUGUUCUGGCUUCCAUACAAAACACAAAUGUUGCAGGAGAUGGACCAAAUGAAAAGAUUCUGCAUUUUGUGGAUGAGGGAAGUCACCAAAUCAAAGGCCUGGAAACUUUGUUGAACACUCCUCUUUAUUUGACCCAGCAUAAUGAGAAUUUCUUCUCAGAUCCAGUCUUGCAGGAUGACUGUGUGGAUAGAACAAUGCUGCUUGGAGAGGAUACUGGAUACAUGGAUAUUACUCACAGUCACACAAUCACAAUUGAUAAGGAUUAUGAAAUUGAAGAAGAGACAAACUCAGAUUUCAGCAUCAACAUGGCUCAGAUGGUCCGUGGUGAUCUGAAUGUUGCAAAUCAUAAGGGUUUGCCACAUGAAGCAAAAGCAGAGAGGAAAAAUGCUGCAAAUGACUCAGACUUCAGUGCUUUUCUCGCCAGUUUGAGCUUACCCACUGUAAACACCAUUAAGCCCCGAAAUUCAGAAAAUGAGCUUGGUAAUAUCUUCUGUUCAGCCAAUACAAGCACCGAAAUUGAUAAGGAGAAUCAAGUGCCAUCUUUUUUAAUGAAGCAACAUCCAGGUGACAAGGGUAACCCACAACAACCGCGGGGACUUCAACGUAGACGUUCCCGUGUUGCAUUUGUUGAAGACGAUGUAGAGGCAACCAAGAGUCACACUGUUGUAAAUUGUACACCCUCUGUUACUGAAAAUCAAGAAAGUGUUGCAUUCAUGAAAUCUGCCUUUUCAAACAUCCCGGAUGACAUGGAGCUCACUUUGAGCCAGACUGCUGCAAUCAACGUUAAAGUUACAGAAAAUAUCACUCGCAAUGUCCAGGCUGCUCUGGAUCACAACAGAUCCCAUCAUUUUUCUGAAGAUGACAAUGCAAUGGAGAUGACGGGGGCAUUUGAUGUAUCUGUUCGAGAAAAAGACCACAUAAUGAGUAUGAAGGAGCAAGCUCAGCCUUCAGUUCCCACAAUAAGAAGGAUGUCCUCCGUUAAUGUGAUUGGAAAUGGAGAGACAACAGAUCAAAACAAAGCUGGUUAUUUUCAGAGCAAUCUCUCAAUAGCUCAGACUGCUAAUUCUGACGAUAUGGAAAUGACGGGAACAUUUAAUGUAUCUGUUAAAGAAAAAGGCCGCACAAUGAGUAUGAAGGAGCAAGCUCAACCUCCAAUUCCCAAAGUAAGAAGGAUGUCCUCCUUAAAUGUGAUGGGAAAUGCAGAGACAGGAAAUGGAGAGACAACAGAUCAAAACAAAGCUGGGUAUUUUCAGAGCAAUCUCUCAAUAGCUCAGACUGCUAAUUCUGACAAUAUGGAAAUGACGGGAACAUUUAAUGUAUCUGUUAAAGAAAAAGGCCGCACAAUGAGUAUGAAGGAGCAAGCUCAGCCUUCAGUUCCCACAAUAAGAAGGAUGUCCUCCGUUAAUGUGAUUGGAAAUGGAGAGACAACAGAUCAAAACGAAGCUGGUUAUUUUCAGAGCAAUGUCUCAAUAGCCCAAGCUGCUAAUUCGGAUGAUAUGGAGAUGACUGGGGCUUUAGAUAUAUCUAUUCAAGAAAAAGAGGAAGCUCUGUUUCCCAAAGUGAGCAGGAUGUCCACUUUUGAUUCUUUUGGAAAUGGAGAAAGAGUGGAUCGAAACAAAUCUAGCAACAACUUUAUAGCUCCAACUGCUAAUUGUGACGAUAUAAAGAUGACACAGUGUAAGACUAUUGUUCUCGAGGACAAACCAUCAAGUGGAAACAAGCCAUUCAGCAACUCAAGGACGAGCUUGCCUCUUGUACCUUUAUCCAGAACUGUUAGAGAAGAUGAGCAUACAACAGGCUUGAAGGAGGAAGCUCUGCGUCCAAUUCCCAGCGUAAGCAAGAUGCCCUGCUUUGAUUUAGUUGGGAAUGGAGUGAUAAUGGAUCACAAUAAAUCAGGCCACCUCCCGAUAGCCCAAACUGCAAAUUCUGAUGAGAUGGAGAUGACACAGUGUCAAACUAUUUUUCUCGAGGCCAAGCAGGUCAAUGGAGACAACCCUUUAAGCAACUCAAGGAAGAAUUGGCCCCAUACGUCGGUAUAUGGAACUGAAGGCAGUGAUGGGAUGGACAUGACUCAAGCAUUCACAGGGCAUAUAAUGCUAAACGCUCUUUCAGCCUCCAAGAAGGAAAGAGGUGAAAGCAUUCUGAUACCUGCUACAACUACAUCAGCUCAACAUAAUGAGAGUGACUGUAUGGACUUGACAUGCCAACCAUGUACUUUUGAUGGGAUUUCUCCCCCAGGUCCUGAUGAAAUGGAAUUGACUAGAUGCACCACUAUUAACAUUGACUCAAACCGCACCUGGUUAGGGAGUGCUGUGGAUAUCACAGGUACAAGAAGAGUGCCAUCCUCUGCUAAUCAAACAAUUACUGUGGUUGAACCUAUGGAGAUGACGGAGGUACAUAUGGCACCAGUCAGUGUGCAAAAGCAUAAAGCUUUUAUGACUCGAAGAAAGUCAGGAGCGAGAAUGAUGUCCUUGAUGUGUAAUCCUGAAAACACUGAAGCUGAUAAAAGCCAGACUGAGUUCUCCAACCCUGAUGAUAUGGACAUGACACAAUGUCAGACUGUUGUGCUUGAGGCUGAAAACUGCAAGAGGUCCAGACCAUUCAGUAAAUCGAGGAAGAGUUUGAACCUUUUAUAUACAUCCUCCAGUCCUGAUGUUGACGGUAUGGAGAUAACCCAGGCACUCACCGGCAAUAUCGUGUUAAACAGCUUUGUAUCCAAUGAGGAAAGUAAUCAUGAGAGAAAGCUGUUGCCUCCAGCACAAAGUUGUCAAAUGCAGGAUGAGUCUGACUGCAUGGAAAUGACAAGUCAAGCCAGUGCAUCAAAUCUAGCUAUUCCCUGUGUUGAUGAUGAAAUGGAACUAACAGGAUGCAACACGAUUGCAUUUGACUCAAAAAGCACACUGGCAGAAAGUGCUAUAGAGAUCAAAGCAAAUGUAAGUGCACUUUGGGCAUCAACAUCUGUUUCUAGAUGCACAGUGUCAAGUGAAGAACAAAAUGAGGUGAGUGAAGCUGCCAAGUGUGCUAUUAACCAUGUCUUACCCUCAAGACAUGUUUUUGAUCUUGAUGGCAAAAACCUUAAAUGCAACAACACCGAGACAACAUUCUAUGGCGCAGCUAACAUGCAAGUGGACAGACAUUGCGAAAUGGUGCAUCUAAACGAUGUGAUGACGACUGAUGAAGACAGUAACAUGCAGGUUACAAAUGUCCUUACAAUGCCCAUUGAAACUGAGAAAAGCGUUUCAUUUAAUGAGAAAGAAGAAGCAAAUAUAAAGACUUUCUGUGGCUCUAGAAAUAAAGAGGUGGGUCAAGCACUUUGGCAACAUGCAAAAGCAAGACGGAGAAGUCUAGCAGACUUUCGAAUGGAGCUUCACAACAUGUCACAACGUAUCCAGGAAGAGCAAAAAGUGAUGAUGGGAAGCACAACUGCGCCUCUGGCUUCUUGUUCCCUCCCAGAGACUUCCCUUAAAGAGCAGUGUGAAAUGGAAAUUUCCAAUGAGCCAACUUCAAAUGUCACGCCUAAUGUCAAGCAGCAAAAUAAGUCUGUUCAAAAUGAGAAAACCACACCUUUUAGUCUUAAAAAGAAUGCAUUCUCAUCAAGGUUGUCAUUGGGUGGUAUUGUACCAAAACUACCGAAACGAGCUACAACUGUAACUCCUAGCAAAACUGUGACCAUAAGUACUAAUGAUUUACAAUGUCUCCAACUAGAGAAACAUUUCGACGUUGUUGAACAAAAUAGCAACUGCAGAGCAGUCAAUAUUAAUGAGGAAGAGUUCCCUGAAAUGAGCAGCGAAGAAGACUUGUCAGGGAGUCUUGAAAAUUGGCCAAUUAACAAGCAAGAUGAACUGGAUGGUUCUUUGGUUAUCCCUAAAAAUGAAGAGCCUCUUGAGGAUGAUGUCUUCGAGUCAGGCACACGCACGAGUCCAUGUUUUAAAAGGCCGCAUCCAGAGGAAGACCCUAUUACUGCAGAACAAACCAAGAAAGCUUACGUUUCUGACAUGGGCCUUGAGUGUCAUGAAGCUGUUGUACAGUGGGAAGGUAAUUUUACAAGGCAUGCCGCUCAGAAUCCCAAGGCAAAGACAAUUGAAGAUACAGGAGUGUCUGAAUCCACUCUCAGAUACUCACAGUUUGACUCUCAUAUGGAUGGGAUGCUGGGUCACGUAUUUGAUUUCAACAAGAAACUUGAGGACGGAAGCAUCACAGUGAAUGAGUUCCUAAGCCACUUUGGUAUCAACUUCGUCAUCCACAGAUCUAGACCAAGUGCUCUUCCUGACAGUUGUAGAGCUGGAGAGACACGCACCAUGGAGGAUUUGCUCAAAGAGAAAUACAUAUACCACCCCAAGCAGAGAGUAUAUGAGCAAGACUUUAAGAAUCUCACAGAGAUAGUAGAGAGACUUAAAGAACAGAUGCCUGAACAAGAGAAAUCACUGGGAUGCAUCAAUGGAGCCCUUCAGCAAGAGAUUUGUACUCUCUCUGAAGAGCAAUUAAAAAGCUUUGGCUCCAAGUUGAAAGAGCAAAGAGUUUACUUUGGAAAGAGAAGCAAAGCACUUUCCCAUGAAAUGAAAGGAGUCUUGUACUCGGAGCUCAUAAAAACAACACAGGAUGCAAAACAGAGCCUGAUAUCUAAAAUCAAAGAGACAGACGAAAUGAUUGAAGACUUGGAUGGAUGCAUUAAUGAUUUAGAAACUGAACUUGCAUCUGUAGAGGCCAUGAUUAUGGGAGAUCAUCUUGAUGCUCCUCGAACCAGACCAGCCUUAAAAGCCAAGGAAGAUGAUUUACAUAGGCUUAAUUCAGCUGCCACUAAGAAGGAGAGGGAAAUCGGUGAGCUGGAGAUUGAGCUGAGGACUUUGGAGAGCCAACAGGAGAAGUUGCAAGGGGAAUCCAGUAGCCUUAAGAGUCAUCUUGCAACCUUGAACAGGUUGAGUCAAAUUGAAGACAUCAUAUCAUCAGUCAAACCAGCCAAGAAUUAUCUGACAAAAGUCCUCAAGAAGAUCCACGAUGACCUUCUGUGCUAG